UCUUGCCCAACAACAUCUUGGAAAUGCCUAACACUUGCUGAAAACUGGUAUUCUGCUGCAAAAUCUUAGCUCUUUUCCAUCAUGCAGCCUUCCAGUCAGGCUUUUGGACUUUCUAAGAGAAACCCUUCUAAAAGCUAGAAGAUACACCUUCUAACGCCAACGGGUUUGAUUGAAAAACCCUUGAGAAGAGUUCAUCUUGAGAUGCACAGGUGCGUCUUGAUGAUAGUAAUGGUCCCUCGGACUCCCCCUAGCUCAGUGCCAGCAGAACUGGCUCUGUGCUGUACACUGAGGUCUAGUCGCCCUCAGACUGAUAUGCUGACAGCUGCCUGGCAUUUCCAUUUCCAGUGUGGGCUGCAUGGCACAGCCUGCUUGCUGGACAAUAUCUUCAAAAGCUGAGAAAUUCCUUUUGAAAAUAAAAGGAGCAAAAAGGUCUCCCUCUCCGUUCCAUGAAUUGCUUUUCUCGGCCUCUGCUUCAUAUUUCUGCUGUAUUCUUUUCCAUAAUGCAUUCUCCCAGCAUCCAGUAUUUCCUGAAUGACAGAGCUGCCAAAUAGGAGUGCCACCAGCCCCGUCUGACAGCACAUCUGUCAGUCCCCAGCCUCCACAGCUGGUCUAUAUUUAGUUGGGUUUCCAGUACGGCACACACCACUCAACCACUUCAGUAACUCCAGGUCAAAUGUGCUCCGAGGCUGUCUGGAGCUUCACGGCAUGGAUAGCUACUCGUUUACCAGCAGUCUUACAGCCUUACCAUUACCUUUUGCUUUAACUAGGAACUUUUUUGCAUAACUGUCCUCUGUCUGUGUUAGACAUUUCACUUUCUCAGGUCCUGUGUAAAUAUAAAGGUUUCCAAGCUCCAUCUGGUUCCAGUUACUCAAGCAAUAGAAAUACACAUGCUUCAGGAAUUUGCAGACGGUGACUUACUGCCUUGCUGCUUAUAAAAUCCUUUACAAAGUUCACCAUGCUCUGUUGCCUACUGACAUACCUGUAGUCUGUAAAACAAUUUCCUGCAAAUUUACUUACGUUAGAGAAACAAACUGGAAGCUGACAGUCUCGGGCCCUUCUCUCUAAUAAGGCUAACCUGCCUUCACUACUAAAUAUGGCUUUAUAAUACACACGCGCACGCACACACACACACACCCUUGACCACCAAAGACUGCCUCUUCCUGAAAUCCCCCGUUCAUAUAAAUACAGGAAGUAGAAAUAAGAGAGGCUAAAAUCAGACCUUCUUGGCAGUUUGCUUUCAUUUCAGUGCUUGUUUAGUUGUCUGCCCUCCGAUACUACCGAGCCUGAAGCUGGUUUCACACAUCCUCCCCCUGCAGUCCCUUGAAAUAUCAUCUUCAGUACAAACCUAAGGAUGUGGAGGUUCUGCUCAGCGAUGGCAAGGAAUUGCUUUCUUUACCAAGGAACUCUAAAGCCACUGUGAAACAGAAAGUAUCUUAAAGUUUGCUGUAAUGAUGAAAACAUCAGCCGGAGACGAGGGAGCCAGGGAUGACUCAGGCCCCAGCAGCGAUACCAGUGAAGACGGGAAAGAGACGCAUCUUUGUCAGGCCACUGCCCUGCGAAACUGCCUCUCACUUCCAGGAAUCAGCAUCCUUGAUAAACUCAUCAAGACCUGUCCCGUCUGGCUUCAGCUGAACAUGAACCAGGAAAGGGCUGGGGCAAUACUUGGCAAAGAAGCAGCAGGGAUGUUCUUGGUUAGGAAAGAGGGUAAUGUGAACAACAUGGUCCUUGCAGUCCGCCUGCCAGUCCAAAAUGAGGUUCCUGAUGUGCUGGAGUACACCAUUAAAGAAGAAAAAUCAAUUCUGUACCUGGAAGGAUCUGUCCUUGUAUUCGAGGAUAUCUUCAAACUGGUUGCCUUCUACUGCGUCAGUAGAGAUUUGCUGCCCUUCACCCUGAAGCUACCACAAGCAAUAUUAGAAGCCAACAGCUUUCAAGAUCUUGAAAUUAUCUCUAGUCUGGGGAUAGACUUCUGGGAUUCCUCCUUAAACCGUGGAACAAGAGGAGAGGGGUUAUCCCACCCUGCAAGAGACUCUGCUUUCAGCACUGCCCAUGCAGACAGUUUAAGAUCUACCCAGUGUUUUGCAAGUAGCACAAACCACUGCUCAUGUGAAAUUGAGCUGUCAAUAGGAAAUGACAGGCUGUGGUUCGUGAAUCCUAUUUUUAUAGAAGAGUGCAGUAAUCCUUUUCCUCCAGAUGUACCUCCUCCUAAAGGCCGCACUGUGAGCGUCGAUCUGCCCCCUGACACCACGCUCGCUGAAAGGAGGUCUCCCCGCCGCCCCCCCCCACCGCCUUCUCACACUCACGGUCAGAAGUCUUCUCUGAAGCUCCCGCGGGAUCCGAUGACGGCCUGUGAAGAAAACCAGCUGCUUCUUCAGCCACUAGGAAAGAGCAUCAAGGAAAUGAAAAUUGAGGGCGGUGACGGUGAAGAAGAAGAAGGGAAGCAGAGCGGCUCACUCAAGGAGUCCCCGGCAGCGAGCCCCAAGAAGGGUUCCCAGCCCUCCGUCCCCCCGCGGAGACGGCUCUGUGAGAGGACCUCAGAGGAGAGCUGCUUGGGUAAGCCUGGAAGUUGUGAAACACUGAAAGGGGAACAGGGAGAAGGAAAACAAGACGCGAGUACAGAGAGCAGAGAUAAAAGGCUGCUGUGCAGAAAGGCUGUAGAAAUGCCUGGGGAGGUUCCUGAAAGGGCUGUGUCACAGUUUCAGGAGACAAAGCCUGAACCUGCAGAGAAGAAGGAGCACAUGCCUGAUAUACAAAGUAAUGACAUUAAGAAUAGAAAGUCACCUCCUAUCCCUCCACCGAGAAGGAAGAGGCUCUCCCAAGUACCGAGGGUCCCCGGCUUCUGCCAGUCAAAGCAAAGAACGGUGGUGGAGCUGGCUGUGUCUGCAGUGCAGGUUCAAUGCACGAGCGGCUCAGCACCUGUGCCAGGUGGUGCAGCUUGCACAAACACUGAGACUGAACCGGGACGUGGCCGCAAGUCUGUGAUCUCAGCUGAACUGAAAGGUUCACACUUGUCUUUGGAAGGCCUGGGAGGCAGUGCUGUAGCUCAGGCGUCAGCGUCCGAGCCUGACUCCUACUCCACCAGCAGCACCGAGGAUGACUUGGACAUGCUGAGUAGCUCAUCUGGUAAGAAGACACGCUCCAUGAUAUUGGACAAGGCCAAGAACAGGCUGUCCUUUGUCAGCCUGUCCAAUGUCUUCACAGUCUUUUUGUCGAAUGAUAGAAAGCUGCAGAAGAAGAUAGUGGAGCUGGCACAGGACAAGGAUUCGUACUUUGGCAACCUCGUGCGGGACUACAGAGUGUACAGUUUGGAGAUGAUGGCAAAGCAGAGCUCCAGCACAGAGAUGCUACAAGAAAUACGGAUGAUGAUGACACAGCUAAAGAGUUACUUAGUGCAGAGCACUGAGUUGAAAUCUCUGAUAGACCCAGCCACCUACACCGAGGAACAGUUAGAUGUGAUUGCUGAGUCAUCUUUGUACAAAUGUGUCCUUAAACCUUUAAAAGAAGCCAUCAAUUCUUACUUGAAAGAAAUCCACAACAAAGAUGGAUCUUUACAGCAGCUAAAAGAGAACCAACUUGUGAUACAAAACACAACUACCACUGACCUCGGUGUCACAACCAGUGUGCCUGAAACUGUUGUGCUGGAAAAGAUCCUUCACAAGUUCACAACCAUGCACAAGGCCUACUCCCCAGAAAAGAAGAUUGCCAUCUUGCUGAAGUCUUGCAAACUCAUCUAUGACUCCAUGGCUCAGGGAAACCCAGGAAAGCCAUAUGGUGCAGAUGACUUCCUCCCUGUGCUCAUGUACGUGCUGGCCCGCAGCAACCUGACUGAAGUCCUUCUGAACGUGGAGUACAUGAUGGAGCUCAUGGACCCUGCUCUGCAGCUAGGUGAAGGCUCCUAUUAUUUAACCACCACCUAUGGGGCCCUGGAGCACAUCAAGAACUAUGACAAAAUCACCGUAACCCGGCAGCUGAGCAUGGAGGUGCAGGACUCCAUUCACCGCUGGGAGCGGCGGAGGACACUGAACAAGGCCCGGGCUUCCCGCUCAUCAGUGCAGGAUUUCAUCUCCAUCGCCUUUCUGGAGAUCGGUGCUCAGUCAAGGACACUUGCCUCCCGGAGCGACACCACAGCUGAGCAGCUGAGCCAGCAGUGUGCUGAAAAGUUUGAAGUCACCCAUCCCAAGGACUAUGGACUUUUUGUUUAUGUUGAUGACCAGUGGCUGCAGCUGGACAAAGAAGCCCUCCCUCACCAUAUCAAAGCCUCACUGCUGAAGAGUGAAACCAAGAAAGAUUUCCAUUUUAUUUAUAAACCAAUAGACCAUAAAAAACCACCAGUUCCAAUUGUCAAAGACUCUUACUUCUCCUAAGGGCUGUGCUGCUCUUUUGUUGAGUUUUCUGCCAUCCUGGAAGGGCUGGAUAGUUUAUUUCAUGAGAUCCUUUGGUAUCUGCAGAUCUUAGAAGGUCUCUGGUGCUUGGCCUUCGACACGGGGUAGAUACGCUAGUUGUAGAUGCUGUCUGAAUACAGAGCAUUUCUCAGUGAAGUUCAUUUGCAGAAACAAAAGGAGCAUUCAGGAGAACAUUCAUGCUGUGGAAAACUUGAAGUAUCAAACCUCAGAACCUCCCACUGGCAACCAGUCGUUGUCACAGAAUGUAAAUGGACAGAGAAGAAUGAAUCCAGAGGUCUUGUGGAAGAGCGGACAUUUACCCCCAAAUAAAUUAUGGCAGGUGUGAACCACCUCCGUGCACAAGGCCUGUGAAAGGUCUGCACACGCCUCGAUGCUGUUUGGAGGUAAGACUGCAUGUACGCCACGUAACGUCUGUUCACCCCGUUUGAAUAAACUGAGUCUUGGCUGAUGUAUUCGGUGGCGUAGGCUUGCCACCUGUAGCAGAACUCCAUCUCUGAUUUGCCAUCUGCAACGUAAUUGCCUUUAAAAUCCACAUCGUUAUAGACCAUGCAAGAGGAUCCUGCACAUUCACUAAGAAAAUAUUUUCCGCCAUCUAUUUGUCACUAAAAUCAGGUGGCUUAGGCAUUUUCAGCAAUGUGUUUUUUUAAAGAUUGAAAGUCUUCACCAUAAAUUUUACAUGUACAGCAGUUUUAAUCACAUUGGUUGCACAAUAGUGUUUGGUUAAUUGUGUAUUUAUUUCCAUGUGUGAUAUGGUGCAAUUGUUUUAAAAUAAACAUUUGUAAAGAACUUAAUAAUUCUCCCAGUGUAGCAAACUAGAUUAAAAUCUCGAAGUCAAAAAGCAAGAAUAAAAUAUUGGUCCCUUUUUACCCAGCUGUUAGUUUCUCUAGUGUUUUCAUAUCUGCAAAUCCCACGAGGUUAUUACUUUAAUAAAAUCAGGCAGUUGCAGACAG